AUGUCAGAAGUCGCCUUUGCCAAGCAAUUCAUCAGCUCGCUUGGCCAGACGCCAGCAAAGCUCUCGCACAACUAUGUCCAAGAUGCCACAUCCCUUUCCAAAGGCUCACCCUUCAUCCUCCCGUCCAUGGCCACCCCGAUGAGCCGCCCGAAGGCCACCGCCGCCGCCAUUCCCGGCGAGGAGCCCAGCGUCACCGUCAAGCUGCUCUCGCUGCGCAACCCGCGCUUCGAAAUCACACUCCCCGCGCAGCCGGUCUCCGCGUCCCUGCUCGAACUCAGGCAGGCCGCCGCGGCGCACGCCCGCCUCCCCGCCAACAGGCUCAAGAUCCUGCACAACAAGCGUCUGCUGUCGGACGGCCAGCGGCUGCGGGACGUGCUGGGGCUCGACGACGAGGGCGCGCCGCCACCAUCGACCAUGGUCGAGUUCAGCGUCAUGGUGACCAAGGGCGCGGCGGCCGCGCUGCCUGAGGAGGAGGCAGCCGCGCCGGUGAAGAGCAGCAGCAACAGCGAGGCGAAGAGGGGAGCGGAGGCGGUGGCGGAGCCGCAGUUUUGGACAGACUUGAACGGAUUCCUGCUGCAGAGGGUCAAGGACGAAGAGACGGCAGCUGAGCUGACGACGGUGUUUAAGAAUGCGUGGGAAUCGCGAAGCGCGAAGCCGUAG